CACAACUAGAAAAAAACCUAACAUUUUAACAAGCACAAAAGCCAAAAAGAAAAUAACUACCAUAGCAAAACUUUGCCCCUUAUUUUUCACAUUUCCAAACGGGGGCAGAAUGUAAAAUAAGGGACUACUUUCAGAGGAAAAAUGAAGUUUAGAGGAAAGCCACACGUGUUACUAACUCCAUCUCUUCUAGCACUGCUCCCUCAGCUCCCAAAAUGCUUGUAAAUUACGCACAACCUUCCUUGAUAAAGCCAAUCCUUUUGGCCUCAUCCUUGCUGUUAUAUCCUCGCUCGACUUCUCGGCAUCCGCCCCAUUCAUUACCCAAUCUUCUCCACUUCCACUGUCGCCGGAGUUCAUUGAACACAUUCGCUACCAUGGCUGAAGCAAAACACGCUGCCUCCUAUUCUCCGCCAGAGCACCACGCCGGAACUUGGUACUCCGUGCCGGACCUUCGGCUUCGCGACCAUCGCUUCAUUGUUCCCCUCGAUUACUCCAUUGAUCGUAGUGCUUCUCCCAAGAUCUCCAUUUUUGUUCGAGAAGUCGUGGCUGUUGGGAAAGAAGAACAACAACUGCCUUACCUAUUAUAUUUACAAGGAGGACCUGGCUUUGAGUGUCCGCGGCCAACUGAGGCUAGCGGAUGGGUACAUAAAGCAUGUGAAGGAUUCCGUGUUGUUUUGAUGGAUCAGCGAGGAACAGGCUUAUCAACUCCUUUGACAUCAUCAUCUAUGUUGCAACUGGAUUCUGCAGAGAAGCUGGUUGAUUACUUGAAACAUUUUCGAGCUGACAAUAUAGUGAAUGAUGCUGAAUUUAUCCGAGUUCGUCUAGUUCCUGAUUCUGGACCAUGGACAAUUUUGGGACAGAGUUAUGGUGGCUUUUGUGCUGUAACAUAUUUGAGUUUUGCACCACAAGGACUGAAACAAGUCCUGAUAACUGGAGGAAUCCCUCCAAUAAGGAGUGGAUGCACUGCUGAUAUUGUCUAUAGUGCAUGCUAUGAGCAGGUUAUUCGCCAGAAUGAAAAGUACUAUGAGAGGUUUCCUCAAGAUGCUGAAAUUGUUCGUGAAGUUGUGAUCCAUUUGGCAGAAUCUGAAGGAGGCGGGGUGCUUCUUCCAUCAGGGGGAAUCUUAACUCCAAGAGGACUGCAAACUCUAGGUCUCUCUGGUUUAGGAUCCAGUGCAGGUUUUGAACGUCUUCACUAUAUGUUUGAGAGGGUGUGGGAUCCCGUUCUAGUUCCAGGAUCAAGAAAGCAAAUUAGCCACUACUUCUUAAAAGCUUUCGAAAAUUGGUUGGAUUUUGAUUCAAACCCACUCUACGCUCUCCUGCAUGAGUCCAUAUACUGCCAGGAUGCUUCAUCAAGCUGGUCUGCUUACAGAAUUUUGGCCGAAGACAAUGGUAAAUUUGAUGCAAUCAGGGCUGCAAAAGAAGGUCGGCCAGUAUUUUUCACAGGGGAGAAUGUGUUCCCAUGGAUGUUUGAUGAAAUUCAUGCCUUGAGGAAGUUUAAAGAUGCUGCUCAGUUAUUGGCUAAAAAGAAAGAUUGGCCUCCUCUGUAUGACAUUGCUAUGCUGAAAAACAACAAGGUACCUGUGGCAGCUGCUGUUUAUUAUGAAGAUAUGUAUGUUAAUUUCAAGCUGGCAAUGGAGACAGCUUCUCAGAUUGGGGGUAUUAGACUAUGGAUAACUAACGAAUAUAUGCAUUCUGGUCUGAGGGAUGCAGGGGGACGUGUUUUUGAUCAUUUGUUGGGAAUGUUAAAUGGAAAUAAGCCUUUGUUCUGAUAGCCAUUGCGUUUUUUUAUACUUGUUACAAUGGGGACUGUCAAUAAUGUUCAACUGGUGACUCAAGGGGAUUAUUGGGGACCCUUUUUUGUCGUGAGAAUGUUACGAUCUUUGAAGACCUUUCCAAUGCGGACUUGUGUGAUAAUGGGAAUUUUGAAAAACAAACCCAGACAAUGGCUCUGUUUUGUCGC